AUGCUUACCUUAUUUCAAGUCUACAACAAGUGGCACGAGACCGAGCUCGAGCGCUGGCUCUCCGACCAUGAUAUUCCCUAUCCUACCCCCGCAGAUAGGAAAGACCUCGAAAACCUGGUCAGAGAGAACUGGCAGGCAAAAGCUGUCGACCCGGUCGCUGCAGCUGGAGACAAAGCCAACGAGAACUAUGGUAGUGUCAAAGACUGGAUUUUCGACAGCUGGACAGAGUCCUCCCUGAAAGCUUUCCUCGACCAUCAUAACAUUCCCCCCCCUCAGCCACGUACGCGAGACAGCCUCUUGACCACCGCUCGUCAGAAUUAUGAUGCCAUCGCAAAGAAACUGGGCGAAUAUGCGUCAUACCCUGGCGACUGGCUUUAUUCGAUGUGGUCGGAAUCUGAACUCAAAGAAUUCCUCGAUGAGCGUGGUCUUCCUGCCCCGCAGCCCACCACCCGCGACAAACUCAUUGCACACGUCCGACGAAACGCUCGUCUAGCAGCCCUCAACAUGUCUUCUGCGGCAUCCGCCGCAAGUGCGUCAUAUUCUCGUAGCAUCUCUGAGGUUAGCAAGUCGGCCGCCAGUGCACAGGCGAGCUUGAGUGACAUGCUCUUCGAUGCAUGGUCUGAAAGCCAAUUGAAAGAAUUCCUUGAUACCCAUGGAGUUCCCGUUCCGCAAGGUAGCAAGAAGAACGAACUGAUCGCCUUGGCUCGUAAACACCGUCAUCAGCUUGAGAGCAGCGCAUCAUCGCUUUCCGGGUCGGCUGCUUCGGCGUAUGGAGCUGCCACUUCAUCUGCCGGUAAUGAGUACGCCAAAGCCACCGACGAUGCUUCUCUCGUGGCCGAAGAUGCUUUCAACAGAGCUGUUGAAAUGUGGUCAGAAUCUCGUCUCAAAGCUUAUCUUGACUCCCGAGGUGUCCCAGUUCCUCAGGGCAGCAAGCGUGAUGAGCUGUUGAAACAGGUCCGAUUGAACAAACACAAGGCCGCUACCGCGUGGUCCGCAUGGACCUUCGACACCUGGACGGUCGAGAACCUUCAGAAAUACCUUGAGACGCACGGCAAGAAGACGAAGAAAAAUGCCCAAGCCAGCCGUGACGAACUUCUCAAACAAGCCCAAGAUACCUACGCCUCUGCUUCCAAGGCCGGUGGCUCCAACUAUGCCUCGGUGACCAGCUAUCUUGCUAAACAAACCGAUGCUGCAAAGGACACAGUAUUCGACACUUGGUCGGACCGCGAAUUGAAGUCUUAUCUCGAUAGCUAUGGCAUCUCCAACUAUCAAGGCUCCACCACCGACCAGCUCCGAGCCGAGGCCCGGAAGCAAGCCACUUAUUUCCGAUACGGAACUUCGUCUCCCCCAGGAACCAUCCUCGAACAAAUUAAGAAUGGUUGGCAGUGGAUUCUAGGACAAGUUCAAGGGCCAGCGGCUUCUGCUUCUGCAAGCUCCGCGGCCAGUGCUGCUUCCAGGAGUGCAGCUGAUGCCAAAGCCGAGCUGUGA